UCCUCCGCCGGUCAUCUCGCUCUCUCUCUCUCUUUCUCGUUUUUACUCUAGAUCGCAGCUGAACCAGCGAUCUCCUGGUUCUGGCCUAAAUUGGUACGAUGAAGGCCUGCUCGCGCACGAUUCGACGGACUAACGACGGCCACGCCGCUGCGGAGCUUUCCCGCGACGAGCUAGUGAUCCCAAUUCCUGACCCUAGACUCAUUCGUCUAAUUGCCCGGUCGGUGUUUCUCGCCGCCGUCCUCUUUUCGCUACCCUGGCUCCGAUCGGCUCUAUUUUCCGAUUAUGACGGUGAAAUUGACGGCCAUUCCGCCAAAGACGAGCUUUUCUACAUGCCAAAGCUGCUCCAGGACAUGAAAUCCUACGGCCUGAUCCAGCUCCACGGCCGCUCUUUGUUCCUCGGAAACCCUGGGAUCCACGCGCCCCUUCUCCGGCGCAAUGGCGUUUACUGCCUGCCAGAACGCAAGAUCCCGCAGAUUGGCAGCGCUCAGUCUCUGGACUUCGUCUUCCUAGUCGCCGGAGGAUUCAACGACGCUCAUUUUCGCUUCAUCGACCCCGCCGUCAGCGUCGGUGGUGUAGUGGCGUUCCGGCUAGGAAAUCAUCCCGUUAAGCCCUUCAACUUACCGGCGAAUUACCGUAUGAUCUACAUCCAGAACAUCGGGCGCACGAUCAUCGCCGUAAAGAAGCUCUACCACGGUAAUGCAGGCGGCGGAAAGCCAGGGAGGCGGCUUUUAUCAGUACCCGAAGCGAAAGAAGAUGAUGUUCAAGCAGCAGUGGACGCGCUACUGGAACCUCCGGCGGUGGAGAAGCAUCGAAAAAGAAUAAGGUACCUGCCGAAACUCAUCGGAGAAUCUUUGGAUAAGUAUCCCAGAAGGGUUUUUGUGGAUAUAGGCUCGCCGGGUAGAAUUGGGGCUGAGGGAUGGUUUAGGGAGAAGUAUCCGGGGAAUAAGGAGUUUGACAUGGUAAGGGUGGAUGUAGUUGAUCCGCCGCCGCCGACUGGCGGAGGAAGCGGAGAUGUGGGGGAAUGGCUGAGAAGUAGCGUGAGGAAGGAGUACGUGGUGGUGAAAGCAGAGGCGGAGGUGGUGGAGGAGUUGGUAAAAGGUGAGGCCUUUGAGCUGGUGGAUGAGUUGUUUCUGGAAUGCAGGAGCGAUUGGAAGAAUGGAGAGGUGGAAGAGGAGCUGGAGGAGGAAGAGGGUAAGUGGACGAAAAGAGCUAAUUGGGAAUGCUUGGCACUCUUUGAUAAGCUCAGGCAGAGUGGAGUUGCAGUGCAUCCAUGGUGGGGCUGAAAAACCUAAUUAAAAAAGGAAAAUUGAAACAAAAAAACUCCAUUUCAUUCAUCAUCGAAUUUCUGCGCAGCAAGGAGGAGAUGCUGAUCAGUGUUUUGGUUUGUAUUGGCGCGUGUUAGGGAAAAGGAUGGUUUUGGUAUGAGUGUGUUAUUAUUAGUAUUGUUAUCUUUAAUUAUGUAAUAAAUUUGUGUUGUUAGUGUGUCGUCUUGAGGGAUUUUGUUUUGGACUGGGGAAGGUGUGCUGUUGUUUUCCUAUUCCUUGUAAUGCUUGUCAUGUGUCUUUAAUAAUGUGAUGGGCCCUAGCAUGUCCAUACAAUAAUGGUUUCAUUCUUU